CCGCCCGCGGCCGCCGCGGAGCCGCUUGCACUCCGACCAGCUCCACCGUCCCAGCGCAGCCUCUUCGCCGCCUCCUCCUCCUCGACGGACUUUCGCCAACUGCCCCGCAGCCUCCGCCGCCGCCGCCAUGGACGCCAUCAAGAAGAAGAUGCAGAUGCUGAAGCUGGACAAGGAGAACGCGCUGGACCGCGCCGAGCAAGCCGAGGCGGACAAGAAGGCCGCCGAGGAGCGCAGCAAGCAGAUGGAGGAGGACAUUGUGCAGUUGGAAAAGCAACUGCGGGUCUCGGAGGACGAGAGGGACCGCGUCCUGGAGGAGCUGCAUAGCGCCGAGGACAGCCUCCUCACCGCGGAUGAGAAUGCCACCAAGUUGGAAGAUGAUCUGGUGUCCCUGCAAAAGAAGCUGAAGACCACUGAAGAUGAGCUGGACAAAUAUUCGGAGUCCCUGAAAGAUGCCCAGGAGAAGCUGGAAGUGGCAGAGAAGAAGGCUGCAGAUGCCGAGAGCGAUGUGGCUUCCCUGAACAGGCGCAUCCAGCUGGUGGAGGAGGAGCUGGAUCGUGCCCAGGAGCGCCUGACAACAGCCCUUCAGAAGCUGGAGGAGGCCGAGAAGGCGGCCGAUGAGAGCGAGAGAGGCAUGAAGGUCAUUGAGAGCCGGGCCCUGAAGGAUGAGGAGAAGAUGGAGAUCCAGGAGAUCCAGCUGAAGGAGGCCAAGCACAUCGCUGAGGACGCCGACCGGAAGUACGAGGAGGUGGCCCGGAAGCUGGUGAUCAUUGAGAGCGACUUGGAGCGUGCAGAAGAGCGGGCCGAGCUCUCCGAAAGCAAAUGUGCUGAACUUGAAGAGGAAUUGAAAACUGUGACCAACAACCUGAGGUCGCUGGAAGCUCAGGCGGAGAAGUACUCUCAGAAGGAAGACAAAUACGAAGAGGAAAUCAAGAUCCUGACUGACAAACUGAAAGAGAAAAAGUGGCUAAUGCAAAAGAAGAGAACUUCAAUAUGCAUCAGAUGCUGGACCAAACUCUACUGGAGUUAAACAACAUGUGAUAUAAGUCCCUUAGCUGGGAUGAUGCCAACAUCAAUUUCAUUUCUAGUUUUGUUUUUGUUUUUUUAAAAACACCACCUGCUUGCCAUGAAACCUCUUGAAAUGUGUCCUUAUUUUAUCAUUCCCGCUUCCCCCCCCCCCCCCCACCCCCUUGUUGCCACAAUCAUCCCAGGCCUGUCCGCUCUAUCCAGGCGUGGAGUUGGGGAAAAGAUUAAGAGGGGAACAAGAUGCAGGAGUUAUGGGAGGGGGGGGCAUCUGCCAGCUAUGGGGUGCCCUUCUUGGGACUCCUGUUUCCUGCGCUUUGGAUGGAGUCGGUUAAUGCCAAUUGUCUGCAGGCUCCAAAAAAAUGGGAAUAUUCUUUUGUUAGGGUUGCCAAGGUAGGUCUCCUUCGGUCCAACUGUCAGGGGCGCAGGGCGAAGUGGGGAGGGGAUUUUAACCUGCUUGUCUUGAAAGAAGAGUCAGCCAUGCCGCCCUCCAGCCCCUCCCUGGAUGACCCAGCCCUUCGCCCAGCCGGGAGCUCUCUUUUUUUUUUCCCUGGAGGGGCCUGAGGCUCAGCAUGGAAAGAAACCUUGAGCAUCGGGCGGCAUUUUGGUCUGCGGAAGGUUUUGUGGCGGCUUCGAAGAUCUGUUGCGCUUGGGAGCCCAUCCUUAACCUUACAGGGAGAACUUCCCACGGCAGUUUUUGUGUUGUCUGAACCAAAUACGUUUUGGUCUUUGCCGCCUGUUUGUUCAACACGCCUUUCCCUUGUCUUGUUCUGAGCAGUUUUGGAGAAUCAUUUCUGUAUGUAAACAUUGUAUAAUUGAUGAUCAUGGAAUAAAAUACACACUCUAGAACAUUUUUUUUAAAAAACCCCAA